AACACAGCAUAACAUCUCUUUUCUCAUCUCUUGGUAGAAAAAAUAUCCUGCGAAUAAAGGUAAUGAUUAAUCUAUCGGGCAUAAAAAGGCUCAUUUUGGGCAUUUCAGGCUCUAACUUGCUAAUUCAAACAAACAGCAGCAAAACAGGGAAUGACAGUUUCACCAGAAGAGGAUUAAGUCACAGCCUCUAAUUGGGACAGCCUUUGUACAGACAGAGACGCUCACCAGACAUCUCCAGGAAUCUGUCAGCAGUGGUCAAAAUAACCAUUUCCAUGUGUGAGAGAAGGUAACGACCAGAACCAGCAGAUACUGGUAGAGAGAGUGGUCCUGAGAGAAACCCCAAGAUGCAGCCUGAGAAGGAACAGAAGAGGAAGAGCUUCAAGCAGAAACUGGUCUUGAAGAGCAGCUUAUCUAAAGAAACACUCUCUGAGUUCUUGGGCACAUUUAUAAUGAUUGUCCUUGGAUGUGGCUCUGUUGCCCAAGCUGUCCUCAGUCGAGGGCAUUUUGGAGGGAUUAGCACUAUCAGUGUUGGAUUUGCAAUGGCUGUUGCAAUGGCCAUUUAUGUGAGUGGUGGUGUCUCUGGUGGCCAUAUUAAUCCAGCUGUGUCUUUUGCAAUGUGUCUCUAUGGACGGAUGAAAUGGUCCAAAUUUCCUUUUUAUGUGGGAGCCCAGUUCUUGGGAGCCUUUGUGGGGGCUGCAACCCUCUUUGGCAUUUACUAUGAUGGGCUUAUGUCCUUUGCUGGUGGACAAUUGCUCACCGUGGGAGAAAAUGCAACAGCAGUCAUUUUCGCAACAUACCCAGCUCCAUAUCUGUCCCUGGCGAAUGCAUUUGCAGAUCAAGUACUGGCCACCAUGCUCCUCAUUAUGAUUGUCUUUGCUAUUUUUGACUCCAGAAACUUGGGAGUCCCCAAAGGCCUAGAGCCUCUUGUCGUUGGCCUCCUGAUUAUGGUCAUUUCUUCCUCUUUGGGACUGAACAGUGGCUGUGCCAUGAAUCCAGCCCGAGACCUGAGUCCCAGACUAUUCACUGCUUUGGCAGGAUGGGGGUCUGAUGUCUUCACAGCUGGAAAUAACUUCUGGUGGAUUCCUGUAGUGGGUCCUAUGGUUGGUGCCGUCAUUGGAGGACUCAUCUAUGUUCUUGUCAUUGAAAUCCAUCACCCAGACCCUAACCGAGGCUUCAAAGCAGAACCAUCAGAGGACAGACCAGAGAAAUAUGAACUUAGUGUUGUAAUGUAG